AUGCUAGCAGUGGGGACCGAUAGGACGGCAGGGACGAGAACGGCAACCGGUAAUGGGAAAGGGGAACGGGAAACGGAGAGCGAAGAUCGGGAAGCAGGGAACGGGGAACCGAGAAUCAAGAACGAGGACUGGAGAUGGGUCAUAAUUGUUGGACAAUUUCAACAUUUCGUUGUCGAUCGGCCGGUGGUCGGUCGGUCUGUCGGAUGGGGACAGGGAUGGUCGGUCGGUUGUUCGGUCGCGCACAGACAGGGCCCAGCAACGAGGUAA